GAGUUCUCAAGGCUCUCAACCCGUUUGGCUCAGUCCCAUUGGAUGGAGACGGAUGUUAAUUUUAGAGUUCUCGCCUCUUAAAAGACCUAAACUUGAAGUGUUGUUUAGGACUUUAGACCCAUAUGCAUACUUUUCCUUUCUCUCUUUCUGUCCUGGACUGGCAGGUUCUUAACCAUGAGCAGCACGAGAGGGCUGGGCAGAAUGAGUAUAACUUUGACCAUCCCGAUGCUUUUGACUUUGACCUAAUGGUCUCCACAAUCCGGCGAUUAAAAGACGGCAAGAGCAUCAAUGUGCCUAUCUACAAUUUUGCCACACAUGCGAGAGAGAAGGAAAUGAAAACAAUCUAUGGGGCCAAUGUUGUCAUAUUUGAGGGAAUCAUGGCUUUUGCCAAUCUCGAACUUCUCGAGGUGAGGGGC